UAGUGACGACCCCCUCCGCUCCGCCUGCUAAACCAGAUACCGAAAUAGACCGCAGCGACCGACUGACCGGAUCCCGAAGCAGAAAUGGCUGCCACCGGAGUCCUUCCGUUUAUCCGGGGGGUAGACCUCUCUGGAAACGACUUCAAAGGAGGUUACUUCCCUGAACAUGUGAAGUCUAUGAGCAGUCUGAGAUGGCUGAAACUCAACAGGACAGGCCUGUGUUAUCUGCCAGAGGAGUUGGCCGCACUGCAGAAGCUGGAGCAUCUGUCUGUGAGUCACAACAGCCUGACUACUCUACAUGGAGAACUAUCCAGCCUGCCCAACCUCAGGGCGGUGGUUGCCCGGGCCAACAACCUUAAGAAUUGUGGGGUUCCUGAUGACAUCUUUCAGCUGGACGACCUCUCGGUCCUGGACCUGAGCUUCAACCAGCUGACUGAGAUCCCCCGAGACCUGGAGAACUCCAAGAACAUGCUGGUGCUCAACCUCAGCCACAACAGCAUCGAUGCCAUUCCCAACCAGUUGUUCAUCAACCUGACUGACCUGCUGUACCUGGACCUGAGUGACAACAAGCUGGACAGCCUCCCCCCUCAGAUGAGACGUCUCGUUCACCUCCAGACCCUCAUCCUGAACAACAAUCCCCUGAUGCACGCCCAGCUACGGCAGCUGCCAGCCAUGGUAGCCCUCCAGACUCUCCACCUGAGGAGCUCCCAGAGAACACAGAGCAACAUGCCUACCAGUCUGGAGGGACUGGCACACCUGGCAGACGUGGACCUGUCCUUUAACGACCUGAGUCGUGUCCCAGAAUGCCUCUACACCCUGAGCAGUCUGAAGCGCCUAAACCUCUCCUCCAAUCAGAUCUCAGAGCUCUCCCUCUGUAUCGACCAAUGGACUCAGCUAGAGACACUCAACCUCAGCAGGAACCAACUCACAUCGCUGCCUUCUGCCAUCUGUAAGCUGGGGAAGUUGAAGAAGCUUUAUGUGAACAGCAACAAGCUGGACUUUGAGGGGGUUCCGUCUGGCGUGGGGAAGUUAUCCAGCCUCCAGGAGUUCAUGGCUGCCAACAAUAACCUGGAACUCAUACCUGAGGGUCUCUGUAGGUGUGGUAAGCUGAAGAAGUUGGUUCUGAAUAAGAAUCGUCUGGUGACUCUUCCUGAAGCCAUCCACUUCCUCACCGACCUUGAGGUUCUAGAUGUGCGUGAGAACCCCAACCUGGUGAUGCCUCCCAAGCCUGUGGACAGGACAGCAGAGUGGUACAACAUUGACUUCUCUCUUCAGAACCAGCUGAGACUGGCUGGAGCAUCCCCUGCUGUCAUAUCUGCUGCAGGAGGAGGGGCCAGCCCACGGGACCCCCUGGCGAGGAAGAUGAGGCUUAGGAGGAGGAAGGACAGUAGUCAAGACGACCAGGCUAAACAAGUCCUCAAGGGGAUGAGUGAUGUCACACAGGAGAAGAACAAGAGUAUAGAGGAGAACGGGGAUCAGAAGUAUGGUGAGCUGAACGCGUCGUUGGGACAGACGCGUCGUUGGGACAAAAGCCUGGAGAAACCACAGCUGGACUACUCAGAGUUCUUCAUGGAGGACGUGGGACAGGUAGGAGAGAGACUGGACUACUCAGAGUUCUUCAUGGAGGACGUGGGACAGGUAGGAGAGAGACUGGACUACUCAGAGUUCUUCAUGGAGGACGUGGGACAGGUAGGAGAGAGACUGGACUACUCAGAGUUCUUCAUGGAGGACGUGGGACAGGUAGGAGAGAGACUGGACUACUCAGAGUUCUUCAUGGAGGACGUGGGACAGGUGCCUGGUGUGUUUGUGUGGCAGAUUGAGAACUUUGUCCCGAUGCAGGUAGACGAGGCUUUCCAGGGGAAGUUCUACGAGGCUGACUGCUACAUCGUCCUCCAGACGUUCCUGGACGCCAACGGAGCGCUGAACUGGCAGAUAUUCUACUGGAUUGGUCAGGAAGCCACGCUGGAUAAGAAGGCGGGGUCAGCCAUCCAUGCCGUCAACCUCCGUAACUACCUGGGGGCGGAGUGUCGAACCAUCAGAGAAGAGAUGGGAGAGGAGUCCGAAGAGUUCAGCGCUGUGUUUGAUAAUGACAUCUCCUACAUCGAGGGUGGAACAGCCAGCGGCUUCUAUACUGUGGAGGACACUCACUACACUGUCAAGUUGUAUCGUGUUUAUGGGAAGAAGAACAUCCGUCUAGAGUCAGUCCCUCUGAAGGCCUCGUCUCUGGACCCACGGUUUGUGUUCUUGAUGGAUACGGGUCUGGAGAUCUUCAUCUGGAGAGGAGCCAACGCUACUCUGGCUGGUACCACUAAGGCCAGGCUGUUUGCAGAGAAGAUAAAUAAGAAUGAGCGUAAGGGGAAGGCAGAGAUCACCACCCUGCAGCAGAGUCAGGAACCUCCUAACUUCUGGGAGGUGCUGGGAGGACAACCUGAAGAGAUACACAGACACGUCCCUGAUGACUUCAAACCCAUACGACCCAAACUAUACAAGGUGGGUCUGGGUCUGGGCUAUCUGGAGCUCCCUCAGAUCAACUACAAGCUCUCAGUGGAACACAAAGAUAAGCUGAAACUGAACACACUGCCGGAACUACGACUGCUCCAGACCCUGCUGGACACUAAAGGAGUUUACAUCCUGGACUGUCUGUCCGAUGUGUUUAUCUGGAUUGGGAGGAAGUCUCCUCGUCUGGUGAGAGCAGCGGCCCUGAAGCUGGGACAGGAGGUCUGCACAAUGCUGCACCGCCCCAAACACGCCACUGUUACCAGGAACCUGGAGGGGACAGAGUGCCAGGUGUUCAAGUCUAAGUUUCAGAACUGGGAUGAUGUCCUGAAGGUUGACUAUACCAGAGCAGCUGAGAGUGUAAAGCAGCAGGAAGGACUACAGGGGAAGGUGAAGAAGGACGCAGAGAAGAAAGAUGAGAUGAAGGCCGACCUCACCGCCCUCUUCCUACCCAGACAACCUCCCAUGGCCCUCACUGAGGCAGAGCAGAUGAUGGAGGAGUGGAAUGAGGAUUUGGAUGGAAUGGAAGGAUUCGUGUUGGAGGGGAAGAAGUUUGCUCGUCUGCCGGAGGAGGAGUUUGGACACUUCCACACACAGGACUGCUACGUCUUCCUCUGCAGAUACUGGGUGCCAGUAGAAUGUGAGGAUGAGGACAAGGAGAAGAAGGAGAGACACGGUCCCCACGGAGGAGAGGAGGAGGAGGAGGAGGAGAGGGUGGAGGAAGACUUCCAGUGUGUGGUGUAUUUCUGGCAGGGCAGGCAGGCCUCCAACAUGGGCUGGCUCACCUUCACAUUCUCUCUACAGAAGAAGUUUGAGAGUCUCUUCCCUGGGAAACUGGAGGUGGUGCGUAUGACCCAGCAGCAGGAGAAUCU